GAUCGGUCCGGCCCGCUGAUGAUCAGAUCCAGUUGAUUUGUAUUAGAAAAUUCCAAGCCCAAAAGGCCCAGAAAACUUUGACACCUGACUAGUGAAGUAGUGAUUACGUCGUACUUCAUUUAAACUCCAUGUAGCAGAACAACAAUACAAGUACACAACCAAGGUUGAUGAUAAUACAGAGAGAUGCUGACGCCCAACUUGAAUUUAAGUAAUUAGGUAAACAUCCAAUGCUUCAGAAGCCUAAGCUGCCCUGGUUUUCGCCCACUGUCUUUGUCUCGCGUUGCCAGCAGGUUCUUCGUGCACUUGACUGCAACCAUUAUCACCAUCGCGUCUCAAAAGAUGUAUCAAAAGAUGAGCAUUUUGAUGAUAAACUUCGAACUAAGAAAGCAAAUGGUGAAUGCCACUUCCAACUAUAUAAAAGCAGGGGUCAACAUCUACUGACUAGUGCACGGGUUCUUGACUCCAUUGUGAAGAAGUCUAACAUCAAAGCCACUGACACAGUUCUGGAAAUUGGCCCUGGUACUGGGAAUCUCACUCUCAAGCUUCUAGAAGCUGCUAGUAAGGUUGUGGCUAUUGAGAUCGAUUCGAGGAUGGCUGAUGCACUUCAGACUCGAGUUGCUGAAUGUGGUUUUGAAGAUCGAUUAACUCUAAUACGUAAAGAUGCACUGAAGACCGAGUUCCCCCAUUUUGAUCUAGUAGUGGCAAAUAUCCCUUACGGUAUUUCUUCACCUCUGAUUGCUAAAUUGGUGUUUGGAACUCGCUCAUUCAGGAGUGCUACACUUCUUCUUCAGAAAGAGUUUGCAAGCCGCUUAUUGGCUAAUCCAGGUGAUUCAGAGUUCAACCGUUUAGCUGUAAAUGUGAAGUUGGUAGCGGAAGUUGAACAUGUCAUGAACGUAAGCAAAAGGGACUUUUUCCCUGUUCCUAAAGUUGAUUCUUCCGUUGUUCUAAUCAAGCCAAAAUCAAACAUCCCUAAAGUUGAUUUAAAAGAAUGGUGUGCUUUUACAAGGACUUGUUUUAGUAAGAAGAACAAGACAUUAGGUGCAACAUUCAAGCAAAAAAAGAAGUUAUCCGAGCUGAUGAGGAUAUCUACCUUGAUGGGAAUGAACAAAGAAACUCAAAUGUUUCAGCCUUCUUCUGAUAUCAGUGAUGAAUGUGAAGAUGCAGAAGGUAAUUCUAGUUCUUCAUGUUUAGAAAUGGGAGUUUCAUUGUUCAAAGAAAAGGUAAUCAAUAUUCUCAGAUUAAGUGGGUUUGAAGAUAAGAGGCCUUCAAAGCUGUGUGUUGAGGAACUGUUGAAAUUGCUGUCAUUGUUUAAUGAAAACAGGAUUUUUUUCCAUGACAAAGAAGAAGAUGCAAGUAAAACAGAACUGGAUACUUCCUUUGAUGAUUUGUAGACUCGGUUUACCAGGAAAGUGCUGUAUUAUUGGGAAAAGCCAUAUUUGAAGGCUUUCAUAUGAGAGUAGAUGCAGUCUGCUGCACAUUGUAUUAGUGUUUUUACGAGCAAAGACUCGAAUAUGGACCAUGAGAUUGAACAUGUCCCUCAACAUGAACAUAUGGUGUUGGCUAGAUCUGUUCAAUGGGCUGGAGGCCCGUUAAAAGUCCUAGCCCGGCCUUUUUAUGUAAAGCCAUUUGAAGAACAUAUAGACUAAACAAGGCCAUCUCGGCCUGGCCCGUUGAAUUUUGGCCAAGCUUGACCCAACAAAUUUAAGAUAAGCCCGGCCCGGCCCAGCCCAGUCUGACAAUUCAGCUGUAAUGAUGCAGCCUCUGUGUAUCUUGGAUCAAAAUCAUUGUUCUUCAUCUGUAUUUGUUCGCGGAGGUCCAAAGGUUAGAGCGAGCGUGUUACCCUACACGUUACCACUUCUUCGCAUAACACGAAGGUUCGUUAACUUGAGUUUCAUGAUUUCUUCGUUCAUUUUAUUUUUUCGACGUUUCAGACAUCUGCUGUUUGUAGUUGCUCAGGUGCUGUGAAACAGUUUCACUACAAUAGAGUUAUUUACAUUUAGUAAUUGAUUAAUCUUGUUAAAACAGAAAAGCUUGUAGAGUGAUUUUAGCACUAGUACUUUA